CUCAUCGUUUCUCUCUCUAAAACCCAUUGGUGGCUUCUUUUGUGUCAAAAGUGUGCAACCCAUUAAUAUCUGUCCAAUCCUUGCAAACCCACAUUCAGUUCUUGUAGUUUGUGAGAUCUGAGGAUCCAUUUCUUCUUUCAACUGUUUAUUGGUCAUUCUUCUUCUUCUUCUGUGGAUUAGUAUGAGCACUGGGUUCUUUAUCAAAGACUGGUUCUAUUCUGUCUUGAUUAGCUAGGGUUAGGUUUUGCUGUUGGAUUGGCUUCACUUGGAGAAUUAACCAGAACCCAAUUCUUAGUGUAAAGGUAAGUCGAUUGAAAAUUUCUUGAUCUGGGGAUGACGAGACAGAAAAUCCAGAUCAAGAAAAUAGAAAACACGACGGCGAGGCAAGUCACUUUCUCAAAGAGAAGAAAAGGGCUUCUCAAGAAAGCUCAAGAGCUCUCAACUCUUUGUGAUGCAGAGCUUGCUCUCAUUGUCUUCUCUACAACAGGAAAGCUCUUUGAGUACUCCAGUACAAGUGUGAAGCAGGUGAUUGAAAGACACGAUCUGCAUUUGCAAAACCAUGACAGAUUGGAAUCACCACCAUCUCUUGAGCUGCAGCUUGAGACUGGCAAGGUGGCCUCAUUGAGAAAGGAAAUAGCGCAGAGAACACGUGAAUUGAGGCAAAUCAGAGGAGAAGAGCUCCAAGAGUUGAGCUUGGAAGAAUUGAAGCAACUGGAGAAAUUAGUUGAAGGAAGCUUAAACCAUGUUGUGAAAACAAAGGACGAGAAAUUUGUGAAUGAGAUUGGUGCUCUCAAGAGGAAGGGAGCACAACUAAUGGAAGAAAACCAGAAACUGAACCAGCAAGUGAGAAUCUCAAACUCAUCAACAGAAAGACAGUUACUUGAACAAGCUGGUCAGCCAUCAGAAUCAAUCACCAAUACUUCCAGCUCUGCAGAUCAUCCUCAGGAUUAUGAUUGCUCUGCAAUCUCUCUCAAACUAGGGCUACACCUUCCCUGACAGAACUUAAAGGUUAAUUAGGGAAGAUCUCAAGAGCACAUGCAGGACAUCAGGUCUACCUUGUACCUGAGAAUUGAUUCAAGAAUAAAACGUACAUGUAAUAUUCUUGGCAUUGCAGGUUUAUGUUUUGCUUGAUUAUAUGUAUAUAUAGAUAAAUCGGGUCUAGGCUCCAAAGAGAGCUGUUUUAAAAAGGCUGAUUGCAUGUAUUAUUUGUUUUAAUGGAAAAUAAUAUUUAAUAACAGCACAAAAGGAGAGCAACCCAAGAACAAAUAGGAUUACA